CGUCCACGUCCCUUUCCGACACCAUAAUCCUAUUCAAACUUCUCCGAAAGUCUGGUAACUUUCGGACCUCCACGGCCAGACCCUUAAUUUCUCUCACCCUCAACAACUCUCUGCGCCAGGAUUUCUAUCCACAAAGCCAUCAACACGACCUUCUGGCCUUCUAAGUCGUUAAAAGAAGACACUUCUCCCUCCCAAGGGGCCCAGGAAUUUCAUCACAACCAACCAACCAACCUCUUCUCUUUAAUCUCUACAUUCCCCUUCAUCUAUACUCACGAUGCCUAUCCUCAAACCUGCCCCUCGUUACGCCAAUAUUCGGAUUGAGCGCGUGCCGACUGAGAAGAAGGUCCUCAAGCCCGCUCCUUCUGGGGUGAAGAAGCGCAAGAUCGUCGCAAAGUCGUCCCCUUCUGCCGGCAAGAGCAAGACGUCGGCCAAGCCUGCCGACAAGGUCGCCAACAAGACCUCGGAUAAGAAGAAGGCCGAGCCCAAGACCAAGGGCGAUCCCGAGCCCAAGUCCAAGCCCAAGGGCAAAGGCAAGGCCAUGGCAACCGACAAGGCCUCUGGUGAUCCUGCCACUAUUCCCACCAGUAUGAAGAGCAGCAACAGGGUCACCAAGCGUAUCAAGAAGAGAAAGGAGCUUCCCAAGGGCCUUGCAGCCAUCGGCAGUUUUGGCUCCGCGGCAGCAACCCACCGUUCUCAGCUGGGGGCGAAGACCAACAUCCGCCUCCUUCCUUCGGCACUCCCUCUGCCAGCUAGGAAGGAAGUAAAGGCUGGAGCGGUCGGAGCCAAGGCCGCCGCGGAGCCCAAAAAUACGGAGAAGAAGGUCAACAUGGCCACCACUGGCCUUACAACCCCUUCACCCACGCCUAGCCGUGGCUCGAGUCGCAGCAGGAAGUACGAGUGAGAAGACCCCGGCCCGGGCAUAAAAUGCCAAAAUGGUCGAGAUUGGUCAGGAAUUAUUAGCUACGAAGGCAUUAUUAGGAGUUUUGGCGUUUUGUUGAGAGAGCAUGGCUGGUUCCAUGGCUCCAUUAAAUUGAUUACUGUUUUCGCGCUCA